CAGAUAUAUGUCAUUGGGCUACAUAAAGAGAAGUCGUAUGCUGCCGCAUCAGUUAGACACACUAGUAUACUCAAUAUGGGGUCAUUAAUUCAGGUUUAAAUCUAUGGACAAACAACUUGCAACAACUGAUUAAAUAACACAGGCUGCGCCACAUGCCUGUGUGUCUUUGCAUGCACUGACAUACGUAUAUACAAACGUCUGUAUAUGUAUAUACAGUGGCUGAUCCGUGGAUCUGUAAUUUCAAUUCAGCUGAAGUACUGCACUGCAACAGUGUAAAGUCUCAUCUCAUCUUCUGCUACUGCUUCUCGUCACCAGGGCUGGAACAGCAAGUCUUUUAUUUAAAAAUAAAAGAUCAGAAAUAAAAGCAGAACAAGCUACAACUACCGUACAAUGUCUAGCUUUGUUAAAGGAGCCUAACAAAUACUGCAGAUAUGUCAGCCAUGCACCAAAACUUCCAAAGCAGCCAUCAGGCACCAGACUGUGUUAGAGCACGCUGUUUUCCCGCAGAUUGUCUUAUCAGGGGUUGGCAUGGCUGCACCCUGGGACAGCUGAUGGGAGGAGUCACAUCAACUGAACUGAACCCUUUAUGCGUCUCCAAAGGAACCUUCACAGGACCCACUCAUUUAUUUUGCACCAGCGGGUCUUUAGAUAUGUAAUGUACUGUUAGAAAUUCAUAGUUGAACACAAGCAAAAGCCUGUCCUGAAUGUGUUCAACAGCCAACUAUGUGCUCCCUCUGAGGAGAACCUGCGAGAUAGCGGCUUCUCCGGGCAGGCUGUGUGGGGGAGUGUCGAUGCCAACUAACUUCCCUGGAGUCAGGUCCCAUGGAGUUCCUCAGGACACAGAGAUGGAUGUAGCUUGGCAGGAGUUGAUGGCCAUCACGGAGUUGCAGGAGUUUGAAGUCCCCGGCGAAAGCUCCUAUGAAACAGCACAGUACCAAACCAUGGAGCCCAUGGCCCCUGCGGGAGACUAUGGGAUGGCUCAGACCCACCCGGAGCCUCCUCCUGCUGCUGCUUGUGAGCUGAGCACUGCUGGCGCUUACGAUAGGUGCUAUUCUGAAGAGGUGCCUUCCUGUCAUCGUCUCGGCAGCAACACAGAAGCGAUGUACGGAAACUCUGAAUCUCAUCUGAGUCAAAGAAUGCUGCCCAUCUCCUCUCAAACACAGCCCUCUCUCAUGGCGCACAGGGAACAGAUGAACAUGUCCGGCACUGGUCAAGGUCACAGGAGAACCAGCACCUGCCUCUCUCAGGGUAUAAAUCGACACAUGCUGUGGACUACACAUGGACAAAGCGCACAGGCGCGCUCAGGUGAAGACCUGGAGUCGGACUCUGGUCUGUCUCUGGGUUCCAGUCCACCUUUGGCCUCUCCGGAUAAUCCCGUCGGCUGUGCACCAGGUUACCAGGGCGUAGAUAUGGGCAUGACGUAUAGUGACGGUGAACCAGACAACAUGACUGAGCAUGCCAGGAGGGCGCACAUGCAUUACUCAAUGGACUACCAAAAUCAAGCCCACCCGUACUUACAUUCGGGGGUUCAUCCGUCUUACUUUUCACCCCAGACCAGUUUAUCUCACACUCAACCUAACAGUCUGACUACGCGGACAGGGAAGCUGCAGGGCCCAGCCGCUUCGAGUGACCUCUACAAUAGUUCUGCAAUGUCCAGCAGAGGGAGCUCACAGCUCAACAUGUACAUGAAACCGCAUGGAAGCCUCACCACUCCCGCCCCACUGAGCAGAGACGAGCGGCGGGCCAUAGCUUUGAAAAUCCCCUUCCCCAUGGAUAAGAUUAUCAAUCUUCCUGUGGACGACUUCAAUGAGCUCCUGACACAGUACACUCUGACAGACACACAGCUAGCACUGGUCAGAGACAUUCGACGGAGGGGGAAGAACAAGGUGGCGGCCCAGAACUGCAGGAAGAGGAAGCUCGAGAGCAUCAUACACCUUGAAAGAGAACUGAACCAGCUGCAGGCCCAGAGAGAACACCUGGCGCAGGAGAGGCUCGAGUUUCAGCGCAGCUUGGGUUUCAUCAAAUGUCGCCUCACAGACCUCUACUCAGAAGUGUUUUCACACUUGCGAGACGAAGCUGGUCAGCCGUAUUCUAUAGAUGAAUACUCCCUACAACAGACACCGGAUGGUAAAAUUUAUUUGGUACCUCACACAAUGCAAAAGGCAGAGCAAUGCUGAAGAACGGACUCAUUUCCACCCAACUGUGCCAACAUAAAAGUUUAACUUGCUGGAAAUUACAUGUGUAGUUCAUGUUGCGCUUUAAUCCUCUUGGUGAACUUUCCUUACAUGUAUCAACGGACACUUUUCAUGCUUUCGUCCCCGUCAAUUGACUGAAACCACACCACAUGGCUUUAUAAAAAUAUUUUAUUUAAAAAAGUAAAAAAAUAUAUAUAUUAAACUGCACAGCAGCCUCCAGUGGAGUGUUUUUUUUUUUUU